AUGUCAGUUUUGACACUAGAGGGCAAAGGCGUGUGGGGAGGGCGCGCGCGCGGCGGCGGCGCGGCGCGGCCCGGCUGGCGGCGGCGCGAGCUGGACCAACCGCGCAGGCCCAUGGAGAUGCUAACCAGCCUCUACGCUCUGCUGUCGGGCGGGCAAGGUGUGAACCCUAAGAUCGACUCGAUUGCCUUCCGGCUGCACUGCGGCGCGACGACGGCAGCCCUGCUGGCCGCCAGCGCGGCUCUCACCACGCGCCACCUGGUUGGGAACCCUAUUGACUGCAUACACACAAGGUUAGUGCUUAGUGCACCAUCUAUGCAUCUAGCGAGUGACAACCCUAGCAACAAGCGCGGCUCUCACUAUACGUCACCUCUUUGA